AUGAACAGUGAAGCUUUUGUUAAAGUUUAUGGAGAUAAGCCUGUGUGGUUUCAUUACAGGAGAAAUCAUAAAGGUCGAAUUCCCCCAAGAACCAGAAAGAAUUGCAUUAGAAAUGGUCACAUAGACACAGCAAGUCCCUGUCCUAUUUGUCGAGAUGAAUAUCUCAAAAACUCUAAACUGCUGGAGCAGUUCAUAUCACCUUACACAGGAGAAAUUUUGGAUUCCCGGCAAAUUGGCUUGUGCCAAAAACAGCAUAAAACAUUGUUGGUUGAAAUAUUUAAGGCUUGGGAUGGAGGUGAAGUUGAAGCACCUAUUCCCUUCCGUACAUAUAACUAUGAUGAUUACAAGAGCUGA